AUGAACGUCUGUGCUAUCCGUCACAUUCCGCACUCGAAUAAGCAUGAGAACAGAAAAAACGCAGCUGAUUAAAAUAGAGCAAAGAGUUCUCAAGGAACAAGGUUGCAUUCAGCUACUCACUACAGAUGUUCAACUUAACAAAGCAACAAUCCAACUCCAAAUCAAGGCAAAAUGCAAUUAUACGAAAUAUAACCUUAUGUUGGCCAACUAAUCAAGAACUAGUAAUAAUCCUUUGUCUCUGCAUAAUUUAGAAAAAGUCCAUCGUUUAGAGUUAAAAACUAUCAUCCUCAGGAUAUAGUAAAUAGUGUAGCCCAAUAAUCAAGCUAAAAUUUAUUGCAAUCUAAUAUUGAAAAAAUAGAAAGAGUCAAUCGCAUUAAUUUUUUAGGCGAUUUGCUUCAACAAAUGGGUGAAAACAAUCAACAAAUAAAAUAAUCUAUUCUUACUGAUUUAGUGACAGUUCCAAAAAAUAAGAAUGACACAUUUAAUAUCAAAAGCUAAAAGGAGCAGAAUAUAGAAGAGUUGCAUUUCUAUUUAGUUGAAUCUCAAUAAAGAAUCAAGCAACAUACCUACGUCUUAGAAUAAUAAAAAUAUCUUAGUUGA